AUGGAAGCCAAAGUGUCCCAUGCUAUGCAUUCAAAUGCUCAAUUGGCCCGUUCAUCGAUAGCUCUGAUUGUGCCAUGGACAAAGUUGACAGAGACCACAGUUGGACGCGACAAAAUAUAUCGAACCUUGCAAUAUUUUUGCCGGUUCCUUGCAUACUAUAUGGCCCAGCAAAAAUACUCCAAAUCGGCGAUCGAAAAAACGAUCCGAUUAUCGGUAGCAUUGGCUACGGCACGAAAAUUGUUUCGAUUUGGAAAGCCGAUAGAUAAUCUCAAAAUAAUCCUGGAGUCACAGUUAAAAAUCCCCGAUGAUGUUUUAAGAUCCCUGACGAUCGGAAAGUCGAUUUGCUUGGCCACGUGGUUGCUAUUGGAUUCUGUCCAAUGGAAUCAUAGAGCUGGACCAGCACCAAGCAUACAAGAUUCAACGGUUUGCUGCAUAUGGCUGGAUGGCCGGAUUGUUCUUUGCAAUUUGCUCCGAUAUUCACAAAAUUCAGACCCUUUUAGAAGCAAGGAAGGCCUCUGCAGAUGCCCCGAGCUCUUCUUUAAAUACAGCACUUUGGUUUUUGAAAUCGCUUUCACUGUCAACCGACAACGAGUGUGGGAAAUUGUGCAGGCUAUUGCUGCAGGAUUCACUGGAUAUUAUACUGCCGAUGAACAUACUGGAAAUUGUCAAUUUGAAUUCCGGCGUCAUCGGCAUCCUCGGCAUGGUUACGUCAUUAAUGGGCUUGGCAAAUGUAUGGCCUGGUUGCUGCUAAAUUGA